GGUCAAUCCAAGUGAUUAUGGAGCAUGGCUGACCCCCCAAAGAGGAAGUGACACCAACACAGCGACUCCCAUCGGAAAUGAAGGAUCUGGUAUCGUGGUAGCAGGGAAUGGUCUUUAUGCAAGCCGUCAAAUCGGCAAGAAGGUCGGCGUAGUCGCUGUGGGUGGUGGCGGUACAUACGCCGAGUACGUUGCAGUGGAUGCAACUAAGGGUGCCUGGCCAAUGCCCGAUGAUCUUGCGAUUGAGGAUGCCGCCAGUUUCUUUGUCAACCCGUAUACCGCGGUAGGAAUUGUCGAUACCGUUAAGGAAUACUGCAAAUUCCAUGGCAAGAAAGCCUCAUUCAUCCACACAGCAGCCGCCAGUCAGCUUGGUCAGAUGAUUAUCAAGCUGGUCGGCGACGAUCCAGAAAUAACUCUUGUGAAUAUAGUUCGAAGAGAGGACCAGAAGAAAAUUUUGACUGAAUUAGGUGCGGCGCACGUGAUUGUCACCGAUGACAAAGAUUGGAAGGAACAAUUGAAAAAUAAGAUCAAACAGUUAGACAUAACCGUUGCUUUCGAUGCCGUCGCCGGUGAUAACACCGGACUUCUCCUAAGCAUGUUGCCGAACAAGGGCCACUGCUUCGUGUACGGUGGAUUGAGUGGCAAACCGGUAGCUGGUAUCAACCCCUUGGAUCUGAUCUACAGAAGUAAGCAUUUGCACGGUUUCCUGCUGAACAGGUGGAUCUCUGAAGGUGGAGCGCCAUCCGCAACUACCAACACCGUAUCAUUGUUGAUGCGUACGCGCGCAGCUAGUGCCAAGGUUAACCCUGGACUUAAACACGGCGGUUGGGCAAGUUCCACCUUUACCAAUAUUGCUCUGGAAGACGUGCACAAGGAGUUCUUGGACACGAAGGAGAAUGGCGCUACGGGCAAGAAACUGCGCAUCAUGUUCCCAACGACUGCGGAGUAGGCGCCCACUGAAUCUACUCAAGAUCACUGGUAGUACAUACGGAAUCUAUAGCAAUGUGCUUUGCCGCAGGCAUUGAUCCUAGCGGUGACGUAGUAUAUACUAUGCUGUACUUCUAACUUAUGACGGACAGAGGUUUCGUGCUAUUUCUCGAAUUCAACUUUAUAUAAAGAAAAAUAAACAAGCUACCCGUA